UUGUAUCAUCUUCUGAAGCUCUUCCAGAGUGAAACAUACAUCAUGUUGGGAAAGAAAUCAUUGGUUGUAGAAUGUUAUGAUGAACUGGUGUUUCAAGAUCCUACUGUUAUGAUGCAAAACAUACUACAAAGUCUCCGACCUAUUUCUAUGGGAUCAUAUAAACAUGAAACUGAUUUUGAGGAAAAGAAGGAAAAAACAAUGAAGAACAGUGUAUCAGCAAAGAACAAAAUCCAAUAUGAAAUUCAAGAAUUAAACGAAAGAUUAAAACAAAGAAAAGAAAUGAUACAAAAUUUAAAAGAUGAAUUAUCAAAAGUAGACGAACAUAUAAAUAUAGAAGAACUUGUAGAGGCUGUUACAUAAUAUAGUGUAAAUCAAAUACCACUGGAUGUGUUCAAUAUUUGACAGUCAGAAGCAUGAACUUUGACAAAAAGAUUGUGGGAAUAAUGGAAGUUCUAUGUAGUCAGUUGUAAAUAGAUGAAUGGUUAAAGAAAAAAAGACAGCAAAUAAAUGAAGAACUGCUUUAAAACAAAUCAUCACAUGAAAAAGAAUAGAUUUGAUCAUUUACAACUAUUUGAGACAAUAUUGUUAACUUAAUACAGGUU